GGCUGCUGUGGCUUUGGCAAGGCUGCUUGUAGCCGCUGAAUGAGCCUAAGGAGUCGGACUGCGGAGCAAUCGCCUUUCCUACCGGACGGAGCCUGUUGCUCAGUGAGGGGAUCCUGUGCAGCAGGCUUUUCCUGUGUGAAGUCCAAGGCGGGCUGAGCUGCGUGCAAAGUGCGCUCCGUGCCCUGGGUUGGUUUGUGCCACUGUGUGUCGGAGCCGGACUCUGCCUUGCAAGUGUGCGCACUGUCCGCUGGAAGUUGUUGGGCCGGUGUGUAUGUGCCGGGGCAGCCCUCCCUCACUGUGAGUGCCGGCGGCUAUAGCAGGGACGUGGCUUUAUCGCGGCUGGGCUGGCGCUGACACUCGCCGGGUGUGGGCUUGUAACAGGACGUACCUAUGCCCCCAAGGACUGCCCCACCUGUAACCCUCUGAUACUGGCGUGCGACUGCCUGCCCCCUGCCUGGGAACAUGAAGCUGAGCCGGCAGAUCACGGUUCUCGGCAGUGCUAUAUUCUGUGUGGUUAUCUUCUCCCUUUACCUGAUGUUGGACAGGGGGCAGUUUGACCAGCCCAAGAGCCCCCGCCGGGAAGGGGCUCUACCCAAGGGUCAGCUGUCAAUAUUACAAGACAAAAUAGAUCACCUAGAGCGCCUUUUAGCAGAAAAUAAUGAGAUCAUUUCAAAUAUAAGAGACUCUGUAAUCAACCUAAGUGAGUCUGUGAAAGAUGGCCAAAAGAACUCAGACUCUCAAAAUUUUAGCCGAGGUUCAUCCUCUCAGCUUGAGCCAUCAGCCCCUGCUUUCCUUCCAAUAAAUAAUGAGGACUGUCAGUUUGCAUCUGUAACUGGAGGCCACAAAUCCAAUGUUCAGAUGUUGGAUGUAUACGAUAUUCUGCCAUUCGAUAAUCCAGAUGGUGGCGUUUGGAAGCAAGGAUUUGAUAUAUCGUAUGAUGAACAUGAAUGGGAUAAUGAACCACUUCAGGUUUUUCUUGUGCCUCACUCCCACAAUGACCCAGGGUGGCUGAAAACUUUUGAUGACUAUUUCAGAGAUCAGACACAGCACAUACUAAAUAAUAUGGUUAUUAAGCUGCAAGAAGAUAAAAACAGAAAGUUUAUGUGGUCUGAGAUCUCCUACUUUUCCAAGUGGUGGGAUGGUAUUGAUAACCAAAAAAAGGAAGCAGUUAAAAGGUUGAUUGAACUUGAACAGUUUGAAAUAGUAACAGGUGGAUGGGUAAUGCCUGAUGAAGCUACUCCUCACUAUUUUUCCUUGGUUGACCAACUUAUAGAAGGACAUCAAUGGUUGGAGAAAAAUUUGGGUGUAAAACCAAAGUCUGGUUGGGCCAUCGAUCCAUUUGGACACUCACCUACUAUGGCCUACAUUCUGAAAAGCUCAGGCUUGUCAAACAUGCUUAUCCAGAGAGUUCAUUAUUCCAUUAAGAAAUAUUUUGCUUCAAAACAAACGUUGGAAUUUUUUUGGAGACAAAAUUGGGAUCUGGGUCAUAGCACGGAUAUUCUGUGCCAUAUGAUGCCAUUCUACAGCUAUGAUGUCCCUCAUACAUGUGGACCUGAUCCAAAAAUAUGCUGUCAGUUUGAUUUCAAGCGUCUUCCUGGUAGCCGAGUUAGUUGUCCUUGGCGAGUUCCCCCAGAAGUUAUAAAUGAGGGAAAUGUACAACACAGAGCUUGGAUGAUUCUGGAUCAGUACAGGAAAAAAUCGAAGCUCUAUCGUACAAAGGUGCUUUUGGUCCCUUUGGGUGAUGAUUUUCGGUAUACUGACAGCCUAGAAUGGGAUCAGCAAUAUGAGAAUUAUCAAAAGCUGUUCAGUUACAUGAACUCUCAUCCUGAGCUGCAUGUUAAGGCACAAUUUGGGACGAUCUCAGAUUAUUUCAAAGCUCUACGGAAAGCUGGCAAUGUUGAUGAUCCAAAUAGUCAAUCAUUCCCAGUUUUAAGUGGGGAUUUCUUUACUUAUGCGGACAGAGAUGAUCAUUACUGGAGUGGUUAUUUUACUUCUCGUCCUUUCUAUAAACGGCUUGAAAGAGUCAUGGAAUCUCAUCUCAGAGCUGCAGAAAUCCUUUACUCUUUUGCGCUUGUGCAAAUGAACAAAUUUGACAAACUUCAAAGUUUUCCAUCAGUUGAGCACUACAAACUGCUCACUGAGGCAAGGCGGAAUUUGGGACUUUUCCAGCAUCAUGAUGCUAUCACGGGAACCGCUAAGGACUGGGUGGUUGUUGAUUAUGGAACAAGGCUUUUUCACUCGCUUAUGAAUUUAAAGAGGGUGAUAAUAGAUGCUGCGCAUGUUCUUGUUCUGAAAGAUAAAGAUACAUAUGCCUACAAUCCAUCAUCUCCUUUCUUCAGCAUGGAUGAUGUGCAACCAUCACAGGACUCAUUACCUCAGAAAACUGUUAUAAAGAUCACGGAGAUUCCCAGGUACUUAACCGUUUAUAACCCUACAGAGCAGGAACGAUAUUCAGUGGUUUCAGUGUAUGUAAGUUCAUCUAAAGUCAAAGUUAUCAGUGCAUCCGGAAAGGCUUUAAAAGCUCAGAUUAGUGCAGUCUGGAAUGGGGAUUCGGCUCCAUUACAGGACAUGUACCAGGUGUCAUUCCUGGCAUAUUUACCUGCUCUUGGCCUUGCAGUCUACAAGUUGGUGGAAGCAGAGAAUUCUGAAUCAAUCAAGGCAGAUUAUACAAUCUUUGUACAAGGAAAGCACAAAAAUAUUAAUUCAGAUGGAAAUUUUAGGAUAAAGGAAGUUAACAUUGUUGUGGGUGAUGUAACCAUUGAAAACACCUACUUAAAACUUUGGUUUUCAUCAUCUGGACUUCUAGAGAAAAUACAGAGUAAAGAAGAUGGAAAAACUCAUGGUGUGAAAGUUGAUUUUAUUUGGUACGGUACAACAAAUAACAGAGAUAAAAGCGGAGCUUAUCUAUUUCUGCCUGAUGGCGAAGCGAAGCCCUAUAUAAAUGCUGAUCCACCAGUUGUGAGAGUGACGCAUGGAAGCAUUUUCAGUGAGGUUGUGGUCUUCUUCAAGCACUUGACACACACCGUACGCCUUUACAAUGUACAUGGCCUUGAAGGACAGUCUCCUGAAAUAACAAAUGUUGUAGACAUCCGAGGAGAAUUCAACCGGGAGAUUGUGAUGAGGAUAACCUCAGACAUAAACAGCAAACAUAGGUUUUAUACUGAUCUGAAUGGAUACCAGAUUCAGCCCCGGCGCACGUUAAGUAAAUUGCCUAUUCAAGCUAAUGUUUACCCCAUGACAUCAAUGGCAUAUAUUCAGGACGAUGCUAGCCGAUUAACACUUCAUUCUGCACAGUCUCUCGGAGUUGCCAGUUCAAAAAGUGGUCAGCUAGAGGUUUUCCUGGACCGAAGACUGAUGCAGGAUGAUAACCGUGGUCUUGGCCAAGGAGUUCAAGAUAACAAAAUCACAUCAAAUUUGUUCAGAUUACUUUUGGAGAAAAGAUUUGGAAAAGAUGAGAAAGAAGAUGAAAAACCGGUUAGCUACCCAUCUAUUUUGAGUCAUAUUACUUCAAUGUUUUUAAAUCAUCCUGUAAUACCGAUGGCUGCAACUUCAGAUUCAGGAUCGUCAGUGCUGCUUAAUGCCUUUUUGCCUCUGACAUCAUCAAUGCCUUGUGAUGUUCACUUGCUUAAUUUGCGUACGAUACAAGCAAAGGUGGGGCCUAUUCCAUCAGAUGAGGCAGCACUUAUACUUCACAGAAAAGGAUUUGACUGUAAAUUCUCAAAUAAAGACCUUGGACUGCUAUGUUCAACAACUCAGGGAAAGGUUUCAGUCCAUCGACUUUUUAAUGGAUUUAACAUUGAGAGUUUAAUUCCAUCCUCUUUAACCUUGAUGCAUUCAUCUUCUAAUUCCAAAAACACAACUGAAAUCAGAAUCAGCACCAUGGACAUAAAAACAUUCAGAAUUAAACUGAGGUGAACUCUGCUCUUGGCAACAGCGGCAUCUCUUUUGUUUAACAUGCAAUAAGGAAGCACGUUCCUAGGCCAGCUUCUGGACACUGUGAGAGUUUGCAUUUUGUGCACUGAUGGCCAACACCUCCAAAAAGCCAUCUUAUAGGCUUAUUUCAUAUGUUCUAUAUAGAACCAUUUCUAAAUCUCAGGUUUAAUCCAUUCAUGAUUUCCUUUCCUAUGUGCUUUGGCUCUUUUUUCAUUUGAGACAGAAAAAAAAA